GGAGGAUCCAGGCGGCUAACACCAUACAAGGCGAGAGGACCAGGGAAGAGCUGACGUGUGUUGGCCACACAAUAAAACACACAGAAACCUCGGAAAUGACUCCACUUCUGUGUGAAGUUUAAUCCUAACCGCUUCAAGCGAGUCCCGCCAGGAAGAAGGGGUGUUCCUGUACCAGCGAGCAGCCAGCUGCACUCUCUCACUCAGGGAAGCCGACCCUAAAUACAUACCCCACCCCUCACCCUCCGCUUUCCCUCAGAAAUUUACUGGAUCCCCCCAACUCCCUCUUCAAUUCUCCACCAUGUCCCAGUUUCGGAUCAAUCUGCUCGGACCAGCCCCCUGGGGAUUCAGGCUGGUAGGAGGGAAGGACUUUGAUCAGCCGCUGACCAUCUCCCGGAUAACUCCAGGGAGCAAGGCUGAGGCUGCUGGACUCUGUAUUGGUGAUGCGAUUUUGUCCAUUAACGGUGAAAAUACCGAUGGGAUGACUCACCUGGAUGCUCAGAGCAAGAUAAAGGGAUGCAUAGAUGAACUGACUUUCCUAAUUGCCAGGUCUGAAUCCAAAAUCUGGUCACCUCUGUCUAAUGAGGAAGGAAAGCAACAUGCAUAUAAGAUGAACUUGGCAUCUGAACAACAGGAGGCUAAACACAUAGGAAGUGCUCACAACCGGAGCGCUAAGCCAUUCUGUGCCGUUUCCAGCUCAUCUCCCAAAGUCAUUACCUCACAGUACAACAGUCCAGCUGGCCUUUAUUCUGCAGCCAACGUGGAGAAAGUCAACAGUGCCCUCGAGUCAAGAGCAGUCUCCAACAACCCCGAGCCAAGCAAACCUUUCGAACCAGUGAAGCAGCCAUGCAGACCCACCGUGGAUACGGAGUCUGAAGUUUACAAAAUGCUGCAAGAGAACCAGGAGCCGGAGGAGCUGCCCAGACAGUCAGCCUCAUUCCGUGUACUGCAGGAGAUCCUGGAGUCUGAAGGCAAUGAACAGCCGGAUAAACCAUCUGGAUUCCGCAAAGUGAAAGCCCCAGCCACGAAGGUUGGUACUUCGGUUGGCAGUGGGCAGAAGUUGCCUGUGUGUGAGGCCUGUGGCUCCGGAAUAGUGGGGAUGAUUGUGAAAGUCCGUGACCAGUUCCGUCACCCUGAGUGCUACACUUGCGCUGACUGUGGAACAACCUUGAAGCAGAAAGGACAUUUUUUCAUCGGAGACCAGAUCUACUGUGAACAGCACGCCAAGGAGCGGACCACCGUCCCUGAGGGCUACGAUGUUGUCACGGUCUUCCCCAAGUCAUAAGCUACGAUCUGAGGCACCGUCUUUCAUACCCUGUGAAAUAAGUGACCCUGCUUGCAUGCCUAUCUAUGUACAGAAGAUACCACUAACUACAUUUGUUACACCAUUUUUCUAAAAAAAAGUAACAGAUUUCUGUAAUCACGCAGUACAAAUGCCUCUCGAAUGUAAUGAGACACCACUAAACUACAAUUGGUUACCA